AUGGCAUUGGUAACCGACGCCGCACGCAAGGUGAGAAGGAUCUCAAGAGCUUGCGAUUAUUGUCACCAUCGAAGCAUCCGCUGCCGAGCCAGUGAAGAAGGUGAUGGGAAGAGAUGUCAAAAUUGUGUCGAUUUCAACCAAGCCUGCACUUACGACAGGCCCGCAAAGAGAAGAGGCGUCAGAGCGCGUCAAAGAUCAAAUUCGGCGACGAGCUCGCCCCUCGAAGAUCAGCCCAAACCUUCCAGACCUGAAUCGCUCUCCCACCAGAAUGGGCUUGAUGGGCAACAACAUACCCCUCAAACACCACCUGUUAAUAAUGCUACCCAAGCGUCCUCGAACCCGUCUAAUCCAGAUUCAUGGCGUGCCCCUUAUGUUGCUAGUCAAGGAUUGAUCAUGGAUCUGGUAGAGGUCUAUUUCGAGGUCAUAUAUCCCAUAUUCCCAUUCUUCCAUCGAUCUACAUUCCUUCGUAAGAUUUCUCGUGGCGAAUUUGAUAGAAACCGCUUUUUCUUUGCUGCAACAAUGGGGGUUUGUGCAUUGGCUUCAGCCCGCGCUCGGGAUGGUGCCAUCUUUUCGAAUCGUUUUGUUCCAGAGUCACUCAGCGAAGUUGCAUCAGAAACUUUCUUCAAUGCUGCCAAGGAGCAAAUCCCCAUCAAUCUGGCGACCGCACAAGACCAUAAUUGCAUGCGUGCCUGUGCCUUGCUAGCCAUAACUUCCAUCCAAUAUGGUCAAAUCCGCGCCAUGCAUCAGCACCUCGGGAGAUAUCAUAGCAUAGUUGCCAUGGACGGACUGCAUGACGAGGCCAACUGGCCAAAGGACAUGGGCCACGUAGAAAGGGAGGAGAGGAGACGGUUGUUCUGGUCUAUGUAUACAUUGGACAUCUACUCCUCGACAGUGUGGUGCGGUGUCAUGCGCGGUCGUGAAGCUCAUUCCGAUGUCCUCUAUCCCACAGAGAUAGACGAUGAACUGUUUGACGAUUCCGGUUUCCAUGCCGCUUCAGAAGAUUCUCCUCCAGUGAUUGGACCCAAUCCAAGCCGAAUUGGCGCACCAAUUCAGACCAAGAGCUGGCUUUGUGGUUGGAAUUUCACCACAGAUCUCUACCGUAUCCUGGAACAUGCGGUGAACCAUUAUCGAGCCAGCAGGAUCAGACUCAAAAAGAAGAACUUUCUUCACGAGGUCUUUGGCGUAACAGAUCUGGCUACGCAAGCUUCAGUCCUGGACGCUGUGAUGCAUAUGUACGCCAAUCUGCCACAAUGCUUCAAGCAAACCAGACCCAUCACUUUCAACCACACGGAAGACAGAUACAGUUUUCAAGCUGCCAAUAUUGCUGCCACAGUUCAACUGCUACGCAUGGUGCUUUUUUCGUCAGGCGGAGCUACCAUCGAGCAAAGAUGUCAAGUAGCUAGUGAAGUUGUGGCUGCAUUUGCCUUGGUACCAGUGGCCUAUCUCCGAGCCAUCAGUGCUCCUCUACUCCACCAUCUCGCAGGAAUCGGAUCCAUACUAGGCUUCGUUCUGGAAGAGCCGCUUUCAGGUCAAAAUUUUAUCCAAGUCCGUAACGUUCUGCUAUCUAUGGCCCAGCUCCUCUCAAACAUCGAUUCUGGCGUCAAUGCAACCACAGACGCCAGUAAGCGACUUCAGGCACUGGUGAAGAGAAUCGAUGAGUUCAUACACGAAAAAGGGAGUCAAACGUUCCGGAGCUUCCCGCUAACCCAGCACCUGGAAGCUCAUCAAGCUGUCCCGCAGAAUCCAGGAACAGAUCGCCUCACCAGCGUGAACAACGACAGUAAUGGGACAGAGCACGACAGCAACAACAAUUACCCCAGCUCGGCCGUUUCAAGUGCUCCAACAACCGCGUUGAACAUGAACUUCCAAUUACCUCCAGAACUACUGGACGAUUGGACUUGGGCUUUUGAUUUUGCACAGCCUUUCCAGACCUGA